AUGAGGCCUCAAACAAUACUGUUGUUCUCCCUCGUGGCUUUAUUAUUCUUGGUACAGCACUCUGCUGCAAAUGGAACAGGGAACGAAAACACUGACAGUGGCGAUGAUGAAAAAAUCGAUGAUGAAAAAAUCGAUGAUGAAAAAAUCGAUGAUGAAAAAGUCGAUGAUGAAAAGGAUAAAGACGUCGGUAAAGACAGUAAUACAGGCAACAAUGGCAGCGGUAAUGAUGGUAGCACUAAAGACGACGGUAAAGACGGUAAUACAGGCAACAAUGGCAGCGGUAAUGGUGGUAGCACUAAAGACGGCGGUAAAGACGAUAAUACAGGCAACAAUGGCAGCGGUAAUGGUGGUAGCACUAAAGACGGCGGUAAAGACGAUAAUAAUGACGGCGGUAUUGAUUAUAGCGAUAACGAAAGUGAUGAUGAAGAUGGUGAUAUUGAAACACCUAACGUUGGUGGUAAUCAGAGUCCCUCAAAUGGUGGUGGCCGUAAUCCACCACCUAGAAGAAGAGUUCCGUCUAGGCCGCGCACGCCCCAAAGAAGACGUCAACCAGCAAGAAGGCAACAAAAACGUAACAAUCAAAAAAGACGUCAAAACAAUAAUAGGCGACCACGCCCUAAUAGACGUCCCCAGAAUAACAGACGUCCAAGCCCUAAUAGACGUCCUCAGAAUAACAGACGUCCACGCCUUAAUAGACGUCCACGUAAUAACAGGCGCCCAGCCCGUGGUUAG